UCAGGAAGAAGGGAGGCCGCCGACCUAUUGGGCCGACGGACCCACACAGAAGAUCUGGUGGUCCUCGAACUCGAAACGCAGCACCGGAAGAAAGGAAGGCGAACACACCCUCCCCGCGAGACCGCAAAUCCUGCCCUCGGCCCACCUCCGAGGCGAGAUUCUUAAAGGGCCCGCGGGCCUCGGGGCGGAGCCAGCAGAGGCUCGCGCUCGGGCCGUGCUUGGGCGAAGGGCCGGAGCAGGCUUGGCUGGUACCAGGAUGGCGGCGGCCCUGGCGUGGGUCCCGGUGGCGCCUGGUGCGAGUUCCUGAGCUGCUACCAGGCAGGUGACACUUCCUGUAGCCCCCAGCAUGCGGGCAGGACUGGGUCCCAUCAUCACACUGGCCUUAGUGCUGGAGGUAGCAUGGGCCGUGGAACUUAAGCCCACAGUGCCACCCAUCUUUACUGGCCGACCCUUUGUGGUAGCAUGGAAUGUGCCCACACAAGAAUGUGCCCCACGCCACAAAGUGCCACUGGACCUUAGGGCCUUUGAUGUGGAGGCCUCACCCAAUGAGGGUUUUGUCAACCAGAAUAUCACCACCUUCUACUAUGACCGUCUGGGCCUGUAUCCACGUUUCGAUGCAGCCGGGGUGUCUGUGCAUGGUGGUGUGCCUCAGAACGGUAGCCUCUGUGCACACCUGCCCAUGCUGAAGGAAUCUGUGGAGCACUACAUUCACACCCAGGAGCCCGGGGGGCUGGCCGUCAUUGACUGGGAGGAAUGGAGGCCUGUGUGGGUGAGAAACUGGCAGGAGAAGGACGUGUACCGACAGUCUUCACGCCAGCUGGUGGCCAGUCGGCACCCUGACUGGCCGUCAGACCGAAUAGUGAAACAGGCACAAUAUGAGUUUGAGUUUGCUGCUCGGCAGUUCAUGUUGAACACACUACGCUAUGUCAAGGCGGUCAGACCUCAGCACCUCUGGGGCUUCUACCUCUUUCCUGACUGCUAUAAUCAUGAUUACGUACAGAACUGGGAGAGCUACACAGGCCGCUGUCCUGAUGUGGAAGUGGCUCGCAACGACCAGCUGGCCUGGCUCUGGGCCGAGAGUACCGCUCUCUUUCCCUCUGUGUACCUGGACGAGACACUGGCUUCCUCCACACACAGCCGCAACUUUGUCAGUUUCCGUGUUCGGGAGGCCCUUCGUGUGGCUCACACCCACCAUGCAAACCAUGCCCUCCCCGUGUAUGUCUUCACGCGCCCCACAUACACCCGAGGACUCACAGGACUUAGUCAGAUGGACCUCAUCUCUACCAUCGGGGAGAGUGCAGCCCUGGGCUCGGCUGGUGUCAUUUUCUGGGGCGACUCAGUGUAUGCUUCGAGUAUGGAGACCUGCCAGUACCUCAAGAAUUACCUAACACAGUGGCUGGUCCCCUACGUAGUCAAUGUGUCCUGGGCCACCCAAUACUGCAGUUGGACCCAGUGCAAUGGCCAUGGGCGCUGUGUGCGCCGCAACCCCAGCGCCAAUACCUUCCUGCACCUCAGUGCCAGCAGCUUCCGCCUAGUGCCUGGCCGUACACCUAAUGAACCCCAGCUGCGACCCGAGGGGAAGCUCAGCGAUGCCGACCUCAACUACCUUCAGACACACUUUCGCUGCCAAUGCUACUUGGGCUGGGGUGGCGAGCAAUGCCAGUGGGACCGUAAGCGGGCAGCCGGAAGUGCCAGUAGAGCCUGGGCUGGGCCCCACCUCAUCAGCCUGCCGGCUUUGGUAGCUAUGGCCCUCACCUGGACCUUAUAAGGGGGCCUCACCACCUGGGAUAUCAGUCCAGCUGGCCUCUGGCACAAGGAUCUGGGCGUGAGGAGCCUGUUGGGGGUAGACAAAUGAAUCUGGCGUGGGCAGAGCCUCCGGGAUGCCUAGGAGGCAUCCAUACCAGCUGUCACCCCCCUGUUCUAAGGGGGAGAGAAAAAUCCCCUGAGAAGCCCCUUGUCUUGGCGGAGAAGGAGAGUAUAGUUAGGCCAGGGAAGGCCUGACUCUACUCCCCUGCUCCGGGAUAGUUUAUAAUUUUGGGGUCUCUUUUGUAAAUUAAAUAUAAAACAAC